GAGCUAGGUGUUAGGGGAGGAGCAAGGUGUUAGGGGAGGAGAGGAGAGGACGUCUUGAUGAGGAAACAAAACGUAACAUUCCCAGAAGCCAAGUCAAUCCGACGUGGAAGCAGUUCUCUCUUUCAGGAGGAAAAUAAAACACAUUUUGAAACAAAUAGUCUGACAGACAGAAACAACAACAAGGAAUGGCCUCUGCUAACACUUCCGGGUCUGAAGAGAACUUUUCAUGUUCCAUCUGUCUGGAUGUGUUCAACAGUCCAGUUUCCACACCAUGUGGACACAACUUCUGCAGAACCUGUAUUACAAGAUACUGGGAUGAACAAGUCGAGUUCAAAUGUCCUCUUUGCAACAAGGCUUUCAACACAAGACCUGAUUUACAGAUUAAUAUCCUCUUAUCAGAGCUGGCCGCUCAGUUUCAAACAUCCAUACGAGUAAAAGAUCAGCUCUGUGUUAAACCCGGAGAAGUUCCCUGUGACGUCUGUACUGGGACCCAGCUGAAGGCCGUGAAGUCCUGCCUAGUGUGUCUUAUGUCUUUCUGCCAAACCCACCUGGAGCCACAUCAGAGAGUCACAGUCCUGAAGAAACAUCGGCCGGUCGAGCCUAUGGACCGUCUGGAAGACAGGAUGUGUAAGAAACACAAUCAACUACUGGAGCUCUUCUGCCGGACUGAUCAGGUGUCUGUGUGUCAGUUCUGCAAAGAGACAGACCACAAGAACCAUCCUGUUGUACCUCUAAAGGAGGAAUAUGAAGUGAAGAUGGCCCAGCUGGGGAAGAUAGAGGCUGAAGUCCAGCAGAUGAUCCAGGAGAGACUAAAUAAUAUUCAGGGGAUUAAAGACACAGUUAACCGCAGCAAAGCAGACGCAGACAGAGAGAUAGCCGAUGAUGUGCACAUCCUCACUGCUCUGAAGCGCUGCAUUGAAAAGUGCCAGGAUGACCUCAACCGUAUGGUUAAAGAGAGACUGAAAUCCACAGAGAAACAAGCUGAAGACCUCAUCAAAGAGCUGCAGCAGGAAAUAGAAGAUCUGACCAAUAGAAGCUCAGAGGUGAAGCAGCUCUCACACACUGAAGACCACCUCCACUUCCUCCAGACCUUCAGAUCCCUGAAGGAUCCUCCACCCACCAGGGACUGGACCACGGUGGAGGUCUGUCCUCCGUCAUACGUAGGGACCUUGAGGAGAUCCCUGGAUCAGCUGGAGGAGACCCUGAACAUGGAGAUGAAGAAGCUGCCUGAUGAUGCUGAACUGAAGAGGGUCCAGAAGUAUGAAGUAGAUGUGACUCUGGAUCCUGAUACAGCUCAUCCCUGUCUCAUCCUGUCUGAGGAUGGGAAACAAGUACAUGAUGGAGAGGUGUGGAAUAAACUCCCAGACAACCCUAAGAGAUUUACAAAAAAGAUACGUGUUCUCACGAGGCAGAGCUUCUCCUCAGGGAGAUUUUACUUUGAGGUCCAGGUUAAAGACAAUACUGCGUGGUGGUUAGGAGUGGCCAGAGAGUCCAUAGACAGAAAAGAUCAGAUCAUAGUGACCCCUGAGAAUGGUUACUGGGCUCUCUUCUCCUACAAGGAUAGGUUGGUAUUUAGAGAUAACCCUGCUGUCCGUCUCCCUCAGAGAGCUGAGCUCCAGAAGGUGGGGGUGUUUGUUGAUUAUGAUGAGGGUCUGGUCUCCUUCUAUGAUGUGGAAGCCAGGGUUCAUAUCUACUCUGCUACUGGCUGCACCUUUACUGAGCCUCUCUAUCCAAUCCUCUGCCCAUGGUCCUGUGAUAAUGAAGGUAGAAACUCUGCCCCCCUGAUCAUCUCACCUGUCAAUCGCCGCCGCGCUGAACGGCACAUACCUCCCUCGGACUACCUGUCCGCGGGGAGGGCGCUGCCCCCGGUGCUGGCGUGGUUCGACCCCCCCCAGUUGGAGCGGGGUUGCCACAGUUGUCGUCUGUGUCUAGGAAUGGCCUGCGCCAACACGUCCUGGUCUGAAGAGAACUUUUCAUGUUCCAUCUGUCUGGAUGUGUUCAACAGUCCAGUUACCACACCAUGUGGACACAACUUCUGCCGAACCUGUAUUACACAGUACUGGGAUGAAGAAGUCAAGUACAAGUGCCCCUUUUGCAACGAGCUUUUCAACACAAGACCCGAUGUACGUGUCAAUAUCCUCUUAUCAGAGAUGGUUGAUCGGUUUGGAACUUCUGUACGAAUAAAAGAGCAGCCUUGUUUUGGACCAGCUGAUGUUUCUUGUGACGUUUGUACUGGGACCCAGCUGAAGGCUGUGAAGUCCUGCCUAGUGUGUUUUAUGUCUUUCUGCCAAACCCACCUGGAGCCACAUCAGAGAGUCACAGUCCUGAAGAAACAUCGGCUGGUCGAGCCUAUGGACCGUCUGGAAGACAGGAUGUGUAAGAAACACAACCGACUUCUGGAGCUCUUCUGCCAGACUGAACAGGUGUGUGUGUGUCUGUUGUGCACAGUGACAGACCACAAGUCCCAUCCUGUUGUACCUCUAACGGAGGAGUAUGAAGUGAAGACGGCCCAGCUGGGGGAGAUGGAAGCUGAAGUCCGGCAGAUGAUCCAGGAGAGACUAAAUAAUAUUCAGGAGAUUGAAGACACAGUUAACCGCAGCAAAGCAGAUGCAGACAGAGAGAUAGCCGAUGGUGUGCAGGUCCUCACUGCUCUGAAGCGCUGCAUUAAAAAGUGCAAAGAUGUCCUCAACCAAAUGGUUAAAGAGAAACUGAAAUCCACUGAGAAACAAGCUGAAGACCUCAUCAAAGAGCUGGAGCAGGAAAUAGAAGAUCUGACCAAUAGAUGGUUCGAGGUGAACCAGCUGUCACACACUGAAGACCACCUCCACUUCCUCCAGGCCUUCAGAUCCCUGAAGGAUCCUCCACCCACCAGGGACUGGACCAUGGAGGUCCGUCCUCCGUCAUACGUAGGGACCUUGAGGAGAUCCCUGGAUCAGCUGGAGGAGACACUGAACAUGGAGAUGAAGAAGCUGAGUGAUGCUGAACUGAAGAGGGUCCAGCAGUAUGAAGUAGAUGUGACUCUGGAUCCCGAUACAGCUCAUCCCUGUCUCAUCCUGUCUGAGGAUGGGAAACAGGUACAUGAUGGAGGUGUAGUGAAGGCCCUCCCAGACAACCCUAAGAGAUUUACACAGGUUCUAAGUGUUCUCACGAUGCAGAGCUUCUCCUCAGGGAGAUUUUACUUUGAGGUCCAGGUUAAAGACAAGACUGGAUGGACUGUAGGAGUGGCCAGAGAGUCCAUCAACAGAAAAGAUCUGAUCAUAGCGACCCCUGAGUCGGGUUACUGGACUCUCUCCUCCUACAAGGAUGGGUUGCUAUUUAGAGAUAACCCUGCUGUCCGUCUCCCUCUGAGAGCCGAGCUCCAGAAGGUGGGGGUGUUUGUUGAUUAUGAUGAGGGUCUGGUCUCAUUCUAUGAUGUGGAAGCCAGGGUUCAUAUCUACUCUGCUACUGGCUGCAGCUUUACUGAGUCUAUCUAUCCAUUCCUCUGCCCAGGCAACCAUGAUUAUGGAGGUAACAACUCUGCCCCCCUGAUCAUCUUACCUGUCAAUCAAAUAGAUUAGGAACUUUGUUUGAUAAUAAAAUAAUCAAACGACCAAAUCAACUAAUGUUGUUUCCUGAAUUAGAAUCUACCAUGUGUGAUCUGAGAGAACUGUAUUCAUAUCCUACUGCUGUCAUAAAACAAGAAGUAAUUCAUUAGGAAGUGAACCC